AACUUUCAAACCCAACACUUCCUAGUUCCUGCUACUAUCAUUCUUCACUUUUCCCCUACCAUCUAUAUAUAUAUAUAUAUACUCACACCAUACCCUCAACACAUAUAUAACGCCUUCUCCCUCUAUAUCUCCAAAACCCUUCAGUUUAUUUAUCUAUAUAUCAAAAACAUUGUUUCCUGAGUUGCAUGGUUUCAGAAACAAAGCUGCUAAACUUGUCUCCGCCGGUGGGAGGAAGAUUAAUUCAGCUCAAUUUCAACAUUCAAUGCUUCCAUAAUAAUCACUACAUCUCCUCAAAAUCCAUUGAUGUCAUCACCUCCCUUUUCCGGGAAAGGAAUGGAGAAUUUUCCGUCGGAUUCGGACCUCAAAAAUCUGGUGAGAGAGCUGUCUCAGGGGAAAGAGAUGGCUAAGCAGCUUCAAAAUCAUCUCAAUUUGCACUCAUCUUCUUCACGUGAGAGUCGCGAAUUUUUGCUGCACAGAAUUAUGUAUUCCUACGAUCAGGCGCUCUCCAUGCUCACGCACAACGACCCUGCUGCUGCUGCUGCUAGUCAAGCACCGCUGCCGCCGCCUGAGUCUCCUCGGCCAGUCGCCGGAAGCCCUCAGAGUGAUGACUCUGAUCAGGAUUUCACUGAUCAGACUUCUAGGAAAAGAAAGGCGAGUGACAGGUGGAGUCAAAAGGUAAAAGUGGGGCCAGAAGUGGGGGUUGAAGGACAACUGGAUGAUGGCUACGGUUGGAGGAAGUACGGCCAGAAAGAAAUCCUCGGAGCCAAGCAUCCCAGAGGGUACUACAGGUGCACUUAUAGACACGCCCACGGGUGUUUGGCUACAAAACAAGUUCAAAGAUCAGAUGAAGAUCCCACAAUUUUUGAAAUCACGUAUAGGAGAAAGCACACGUGCAAUCGUGCCACUAAUAACCCGCCCGUACCCGACCCGCGAGGUCAAGAUCCGAAUCCAUUAACCCAAAACCCACAAAGCGAACCACCCUUUAAUAUCCAAACAACCCUUAACCCCCCAUUCAAUUUCUCUUCAUCAUCACCCAUUAAUCCCCAAAAUGAUAACAUUUUCUCGGAUCGUAAUAAUGCUUUGGGAAAUUAUUAUCCGAAUCCAACCAAUGAUUUAAAUGCUGAUUAUGGAGAAUUAAUUCCUAAUUUGCGCCACUCGGAUUCCGAACUCAGUCCGAUCGUUGCAGCCAUGACCAAUUCUGCUACGCUCGAUGCGGACUUCCCAUUUGGACCAUCCGGAUUCGGGUCGGUUUUCGACUUUGAUAACUCGGGGCACUACCCAUAGCUAUCCAUGUCCUUCAUUUGUAAUUUUUUUAUGAGGAAAUAUAGUUAAAGAAAUCUAGCUUUCUUAGGACUAGAUAUUAAAUGUUGGAAUAUUUAAUUUGUUUACAGCAGUUUUGAAGUUUUGUUUGGAUUUAGUUAGAUUGGUUAAAGCUAGCACAAGUAUCGAGUUUUGAGUUUCACUUUCUUGUAUUUGUUGUAUGAUUUACAUUAAUCCAUGAUAUAUUUGUUAAAGAAA